AUGGAGACUAAAGCUAAAACCUUGCCCAUGAGAGGAGGGAGGCUCUCUGUGGUCCUGAAGGCUGAAGAUAUUCCCGAGCUCCUGCUCUCCCCAUCCUCGGCUGCACUCACCAAGGUAGAUGCUGCGUCUGACUCGGUUGACUUCCUCUCUCUUGAUUUGACUUCUACAUGCCAAAGUGUGGCAACUCUACCACAGAAGCUGAGUGACCUGCAGAACAUUGAGCCCAAAAUGAAGGUUUUCAUCUAUACCCUAAAACUUCAGGAUUGCCCAUCCACAGGGAAGAGCUCCUCCUCACUGCUCGUCAGCCUGUUUGAAGCCAUAAACAAAGACCAAGUACAGACUGUUGGGUUCGACAUCAGUGCAUUCCUGAGAUGCUCAUCCAGUUCUGAGGAGAGGGCUGGGGUGUACAAAUUCUCCAUCUCCUGGUCCCGACUGUUCCCCACUGGGCAGAAGAGCAGCCCCAACCUGCAAGGUGUCACCUACUACAACAGACUGAUAGACAGCCUGCUGGACUCCCACAUCGAGCCCAUGGCUACGCUGUUCCACUGGGACCUGCCCCAGGCCCUGCAGGAUCAAGGCGGGUGGCAGAACGAGAGUGUGGUGGAUGCCUUCCUGGACUAUGCAGCCUUCUGCUUCUCUACUUUUGGGGACCGUGUGAAGCUGUGGGUGACCUUCCACGAGCCAUGGGUGAUAAGCUAUGCAGGCUAUGGCACUGGGCAGCACCCACCAGGCAUCUCUAACCCAGGAGUGGCUUCUUUUAAGGUGGCCCACUUGAUCCUCAAGGCGCACGCCAGAACUUGGCAUCACUACGACCUUCACCAUCGCCAAGAGCAGCAGGGACGCGUGGGCAUCGUGCUCAAUUCCGACUGGGCAGAGCCCCUGGAUGGGGAGAGUCCCCAGGACCUUGCUGCUGCUGAGCGCUUCCUGCACUUCAUGCUGGGCUGGUUCGCUCACCCCAUCUUUGUGGAUGGGAACUACCCCACCACCCUCCGGGCCCAGAUCCAGCAGGUAAACCAGCAGUGUGGGGGUCCUCUGGCCCAACUCCCAGAGUUCACUGCAGCGGAGCAGCAGCUCCUGAAGGGCUCUGCGGACUUCCUUGGUCUGUCUCACUACACAUCCCGGCUGGUCAGCGCCGCUGCGCAGCUGACCUGCGUCCCCACCUAUGAUAACAUCGGAGGCUUCUCCCAGCACAUAGACCCCACGUGGCCCCAGACUGCAGCUCCCUGGAUCCGGGUGGUGCCCUGGGGCAUAAGGAGGCUGCUUCGGUUUGCUUCCAUGGAAUACACGAAAGGAAGAGUUCCAAUCUUCUUGGCUGGGAAUGGCAUGCCGGUGGGGGAAGGAGAGGAUCUCCUUGACGACUCGGUGAGAGUGAACUACUUCAACCUGUACAUCAACGAGGUGCUCAAGGCUGUCAAGGAGGAUUUGGUGGAUGUCCGUGCAUACAUUGCUCGUUCCCUCAUUGAUGGCUUCGAAGGACCCCCAGGGUACAGCCAGAGGUUCGGGCUGUACCAUGUCAACUUUAGUGACAGCAGCAGGCCAAGAACUGCCAGGAGAUCUGCCCACUUCUUCACUGGCAUCAUUGAAAAGAAUGGUUUCCCUGCCAAGGAGCUGAGAAGAACCCCAGUGCCUAUGAAAGCAGACUUUUCCUCCAGAGCCACAACCUUCUACAACUCCCCAUCUGAGGUGCCCUCCCAGGCUAAAAUCGUGUGGGAGAAAUUCUCCAACCAGCCCAAGUUUGAGAGAGACUUGUUCUAUCAUGGCACAUUCAGAGAUGACUUCCUAUGGGGCGUGUCCUCCUCGGCCUAUCAAAUCGAAGGAGGUUGGAAUGCUGACGGGAAAGGACCCAGCAUCUGGGACAACUUCACCCACAGUCCAGGGAACACCGUGAAAGACAAUGCCACCGCAGACAUAGCCUGUGACAGUUAUAACAAACUGGUUGACGACCUGAACAUUCUUCGCGCCCUGAAGGUCAAGGCCUAUAGGUUCUCUAUCUCCUGGCCUCGGAUUUUCCCAACAGGAACUAACAGUUCCGUCAACGAGCAAGGUGUCGAUUAUUACAACAGGCUGAUUGACGGCUUGCUGCAGAGCAACAUCUUCCCCAUGGUGACACUGUUUCACUGGGACCUGCCCCAGGCCCUCCAGGAUAUUGGAGGUUGGGAGAACUCUUCUUUGAUUGAUUUGUUCAACAGCUAUGCUGACUUCUGUUUUAAGACCUUUGGUGACAGAGUCAAGUUCUGGAUGACCUUUAAUGAGCCCUUGUAUGUGUCACAGUUAGGCUAUGGUUCAGGGGUGUUUCCCCCAAAUGUGCAGGACCCCGGCUGGGCACCUUACAGGGUCAGCCACACACUCAUCAAGGCUCAUGCUAGAGUCUACCAUACUUAUGAUGAGAAAUACAGGCAGGAGCAGAAGGGGGUCAUCUCACUGAACCUCAACACUCACUGGGUGGAACCCAAAGACCCAGGAGUCCUAAGAGAUGUGGAAGCUGCCGACCGGAUGCUGCAGUUUUCCCUGGGCUGGUUUGCCCACCCCAUUUUUAGAAACGGGGACUAUCCAGAUGUCAUGAAAUGGAAUGUGGGGAACAGGAGUGAACUGCAGCACCUGCCGGGCUCCCGCCUGCCCAGCUUCACAGAGGAGGAGAAGGCGUACAUCAGGGGCACCGCUGAUGUCUUCUGCCUCAACACCUACUCGUCCGUGUUUGUGCAGCACAGCACCCCAAGGCUGAACCCACCCAACUAUGAUGAUGACCGCGAGCUGACGGUCAGCGAUAUGGAUUCUUCGUUGACCUCUCCGUCAAUGCUCCCAGCCGUGCCCUGGGGGAUGCGGAGGCUGCUGAACUGGAUCAAGGAAGAGUAUGGGAACGUUCCCAUUUACAUCACGGAGAAUGGACAUGGGUUGUACGGCCCCUCGCUGGAUGACACAGACAGGAUAUUCUACCACAAAACCUAUAUCAACGAGGCUCUGAAAGCCUACAGGCUGGACGGUGUGGACCUUCGAGGGUAUAUCGCCUGGUCGAAGAGGAAAGAUGAAAGAGAGAGGGCAAGAGGUGUGUUCAGUGCAGGCAUGAUUGAAGGCGCCUGGAGAGCAGAUGGCAAAGGACUGAGUAUUUGGGACACAUUUUCCCACACACCAUUGAAGAUUGAGAAUGACGACAACGGAGAUGUGGCCUGUGACAGUUACCACAAGAUUGAUGAGGACGUGGUGGCCCUGCAGAACCUGGGUGUGUCCCACUAUCGGUUCUCCAUCUCCUGGCCUCGAGUCCUCCCAGACGGAACCACCAGGUUCAUCAAUGAAGCAGGCCUCAACUACUAUGUUCGAUUAAUAGAUGCACUGCUGGCUGCUGGCAUCACACCACAGGUGACCAUGUACCACUGGGACCUGCCCCAGGCACUGCAAGACAUUGGGGGCUGGGAGAAUGAGACAAUUGUGCAGCUGUUUAAGGAGUAUGCAGAUGUGCUCUUCCAGAGGCUGGGGGACAAGGUGAAGUUUUGGAUCACACUGAAUGAGCCCUUCGUUGUUGCUACCCAAGGCUAUGGCAAUGGGGAGCACGCUCCAGGAAUCUCCUCCAGGCCUGGCACGGCUCCAUACACUGUCGGCCACAACCUAAUAAAGGCUCACGCUGAGGCUUGGCAUCUCUACAAUGACAAGUACCGUGCCAGCCAGGGAGGUGUGAUUUCCAUCACCAUCAACAGUGACUGGUCUGAGCCCAGGGAUCCCUCCAAGCAGGAGGACGUGGAGGCUGCCAGGAGGAACGUCCAGGUUUUUCAACUGUGA